UAAACCCAUAAACUUAACUCCACUAUACGCAAUAAAAAGCAGAAUAAUGACGAAUCUACUAUGUAAUAUUUUGCGUGCUACUUUCAUCGUUCCUUUUUCUGCUGGUCUCAUUAAGGAGCGAAGAAAUGGAGGAUUUUCAAUACAUGACGGCAGUAUUGCUGGAGUAGUUCUUUUGACAACAGCCAUGAUUAUUAUCUUUGAAAUAAUAGUUGUACUGCCAGUGAAUCAGUCUCGCUUGUUGAUGGUAGGACUUUCAGGUCUAGCGUUAAUCUGUCUAGUGUUGUGUAGCAUUGUAGUUCGAUGCCGUUCUACCUGGGUCGAAGUUAAGACUGUGAAACCAAGCGAUCAAAUGAAACUAAAAUUUCUCUGGUUAUUUUGUAUCGGGAAUAUCACGUAUCAAGCCUUACAACUAGCAACGCAUCUUCUAUGUAAGAUCUACAACCUCCAAGUCACACUGUUUUGGACGUUCACCUGGACAUUUCAGAUUUGUCAAACUGCUUUCAUUCACUAUUUUUCUAGAUUUAAAUUUGCAAAUGUGUUGUGUUUGUAUUACGGUUUACUGGUUCUCUGUGUGACAAAUAUUUCAAUGUGGACACAGCAAACUUUCUAUACGAACAGAAUUAGGCUCGAGAUAAAUAUUAGCGACCUCAUUAAUAAUACUAUCUCAAACUGUUUAUACGGCGAUGGACUUGCAACAGCGGUUGGAUUUUUGAAUCCGUAUCUGCAGCCUGUACUACUAGAAUAUUCUCUUCUAAGUUUAAUCUUCCUUUCCGAAAUGUGGCCAAAAAAGAAUGCUGAAUUUGAGACACUCAACAAUUCUCUUUCAAGAAGCAGAGACGAUGAAAACCAGACAUUACUGGUAGAAAACGAUGACCAAGAUGGUGAACAUCAUCCAUUAUUGCCACGCUGUAGUGUCUGGCAUAAAAAUUCAGUAUGUGUCCUGGUGAUUGGAUUUCUUUAUAACUUCUCAUUUAUGCUAAUUCAAUGUAUUUACAUUUAUGGACCGAGGGAAAAAAUGACAGAUUACAGGAAAUUUUCCUUCGAUGUCUUCUUUUGUGCUAAUAUAGUACGAACGCCGCUUAUAAUCAAAUGCUUUUAUGCCUUAAAUGGACAACUAAGAUCAAAACAAGAAUCUCAUACUGGAAUGAGCUUAGAUCAGUUUGUUAUAAUCACUAGUUCCUUUGCAACUUGUGGAUUAUAUAUUGCAGAUUGUUUCAGAUUGAGUGAUUCACCAGCAAGUACCAAUCUAGGAGAAAUUCUGUUUAAAAUCAAUGUCGUCCUCCGAGUUGUUGCUACACUUUUUCAAACAUUAUUCAUUUUGCAAAUGAAACACUACAAAAAGAUAGGAGACCAAAAGCCUUUUUGUUCAGUACAAAAUACUUUUUUGUUUGUAUCCUUGGUAAAUCUUGGAAUAUGGAUGUCUUACACUUUUGUUACUCCCAGAUAUCGUCUGACAAAAUCUAGCUUUUUAUUGGAAAGUUUUUGGUUUCCAUUUGUUUUAUUUUAUCAUUUCGAAUGUUUUGUCGCAUUUUACAAGUUUUUUCGGGCAUAAUUUUAUUAUAUAUGUAACUCUCAGAAACUUGUCCAUCCCCUCAAACGUGUCCAAUUCCCCAAAAAGUGUUCAUAUGACGUCACUGAACUGCAAAAACAUAUCUAGUUGCUAAAGGGCGCCAAACGUGUCCUUUUAAUGAACGCCCAAUCGUGACCUUUUUAUAUAAAAAAAAGUGUUCAAUCCCCUCAAACGUCUCUUUUAUGUGAACGCUCAAUUGUGUCCAUAUUAAAAAAACGCCCAAACGUGUCCUUCUUAUUGAAUUGAUUGUAAAUUUGAUGUCGUUCUAAACAUGCAUGAAAUACUUGCCAUUUGACGUUAAGCAUCCCAGCAUCAAUCAAUCCUUUGCCGUAGAUAUGCAUGAAAUAUUCUUUUUAAAUUCUAAGCAAGCAGCAAUCAGUUAAUCCAUUUUUUUGUAAUACAUGUUUUGCUAACGAUUAUAAAUUAUUAGGCUGGUAUCAGGGGUGCUUAUAAUACAUGCAAAGUUAUUUCUCUUGUUUUGUCUCUUAAGGUCAAAUUACAGUAAAUGGGCUAUGUCACAGAGUUUCCUAAAAUUUUGCAUACAACUUUAGCUCGUUGAACUUUAUCUGAAAAUCGAAAAAAUCAAUGCCAUUAUCUUUUAUUUUCUGAAAUAUUACUGAUUGAAUUCUUUCAAAAUAUGUGAACAUUUGUAUAGGAAGCACAUAAAAUCGGCGAAAAACGCUCAUAAAUUUGUCUUAAAAUCAUAAAAUCUCUAAUUUCAAAUACAUAGAUUUUUCCAUAAAAAAACGAUAUGUUGUUGGUACAAAAAUUUCCGGUUUAAAGAUGUAAGCUAUUGAUAGGGUCACCGACUUCGUUUUAACGGUAUACAUCAUUCAAAGUGGUGUGCUAGGUGAAAAAAUGCCACAAAACGUCGAAAAAAUGUAAUGUCAUCUCGUUGUAGGACUACCUUACAAUGUUAACGUUUUGACGUUUUUCGCCACCAACAG